UGUAAGCCCCGCCCCGCCCCCUGGAGGCGGGACUCGGGGCGGUUUGAAAGAUCCGCGCGCUGAGCGGGGUGGCCCGGCUGCCGCUGAGAUGUCGGUGCUGAGGCCGAUGGACAAGCUCCCCGACCUGAACGGGGCCACCGUCUUGCUGGUGGGCCGGGAGGAUGCGCUUCUGCAGCGGCUGGCGGAGUCGAUGCUCAAAGACCACUGUGCAUCCGAGCUGAGGGUCCACUUGGCCAACUCCCUCCCUCUGCCCUCCAAUGUGAACCGGCCCCGAAUUGACCUGAUUGUGUUUGUGAUUAACCUGCAUAGCAAACACAGUCUCCGGAAUGUGGAAGAGUGUCUGAACCAUGUGGACAGCAGCUUCUUCCUGGGGAAAGUAUGCUUCCUGGUCACAGGGGCUGGACAGGAGAGCCACUGUACCAUUCACCGGAACACAGUUAUAAAACUGGCCCACACCUACCGAAGCCCCUUGCUCUUCUGUGACUUAGAGGUGGAAAGCUUUCGAGCCCCCGUGGCUCAGCGCCUGGUCCGCAUGCUGCAGAUCUGCGCUGGCCACGUGCCAGGGAUCUCAGCGCUGAAUCUGCUGUCCUUGUUGAGGAGCUCCACCAGCCCCGCGCCCAAGGAGCUGUGAGCGCGCCCAAGGAGCUGUGAGCGCGCCCAAGGAGCUGUGAGCGCCGCUGCCCUCCCCGCAUUUGGCUCCAGCUCCAGAAGCAGUCACUGUGGGUGAAGACCAGUCAGGGCCUGACAGGCCCUGGAGGGAGGCAGCCUGCUGACUGCAGGGCUGAGCUCUGCUCCACCGAGGAGUGCUGGGCAGGAGUGGGGAGGGCAGCCCAGCGGUUGAACCCCCAUGCUUCCCGGCUCACCACAGAGGCCCCACCCCACAGAGGUCCGUAUCUUCACCUGUCUGGCGGGGUACAUCCACCUAAGGUUUCUUUGGAACAAAGAGCCAUGGCUAAAAAAAACCCUAAAAGUCUAUCUCACCCACCAUUUGACUUUGUAAAUGAGGAAACUGACUCAGUACAAUUAAGGGGGCAGAGCGUGGCUUCCAGGAGCCCAGGGAAAUGUCACGUGCUGGCCCAGCCUGGCUGUUGCUCCUGGGAAGCCGUCUUUCUGGUGUAAAUGGAGAUGGUUCUCAAGUCACGUUGACAGGAUUGAAUGAACCGGCAGGUGACAUGCUGUCAUGCCCUGCACAGCAGCAACAAGGCACUCCACAAACAGUAACAACCAGGUCAAACCAGACCGAGCUGAUUCUUAACAUCUCACCUCAGGAAUGGCACCAGCAAGGUCAGAGUGUGAGAAGUGAGCAGCCGGCUGGGGGCCGUUGCACACUUCCCCUCAGAUCCAAAGAGAAGUUUGUAGACGGGCCAGGCUGGACUGGGGAAGUUCUGUUAGCCCAGUCAAGGUUCCCAGUGCUGCAGGAGGUGGGCUUAGCACAUGGGGGCCUGGGGGAUGGGGGUCUGUUGAGAGUACAGAAGGCUUCCAUCAGUGGUUGGCAGGGACAGCCAACUUGGAUGUCCCAGGGGCUGUAGCUGCCUUCCAGAACAGCCCAGUGCCCUGCCCCUAGUAUGAAGAGUUAGACGUACCUCUCUGGAUUUUUGUUGUUGCAGGGUUUUUUUUUGUGUUUGGGGGGUUUUUGUUUGUUUUUGAAACAGGAUUUCUGUGUGUAUGGUGAACUCACUCUGUAGACCAGGCUGGCCCUGAACUCAGAGAUCCACCUGCCUCUGCCUCCCGAGGGCUGGGGUUGAAGCCGGUACCACAGCCGACUAGACUACCUUCCUGGCUUUCUGGCAGCCCCUUGGGUCCCAGGAGGGACCUUAGCUUUGAGGUCCCCGUGAGGCCACACAUGUCACCUGACACAUGCAGAGAGAGCACUUCACGCUUCACAGAGUUCUGCUCACGCAGCAGCAGCAGCAGCAGCAGCUCCUGCCGACCUCCCAGCAUGCCUGCAGGGUUGCUGAUUCCCUGUUUCAGAGUCCCUGAGACAGACUUCACUGAAGGUGUGUCCAGAGUCAUAGCCAGUGGGUGGAAGGCCUGUGUUGUCCCCCAGUUCUGUGUGGCUCCACAAAGGGGUGUCAUCCCCCCUGGGAGGGCCUGAGAGGGGAACACAGGUUUUGUGUCUGAGAAAGCAGCAGUCUUGGGGCAAUGUCUCCAGACCCCUCAGUACCCUGGGCUCUAAAGUGUUUCGGGAGGGCUGAUGGAGCGGUACCUAAGCUAGAGAGGAAGGCAGCAUGGCCACACCUCUCCUGUUUCUGUCACCUUUUGCUGAAAAUAGGAAGCUUCACCCCUUCCUUUCCCCUCGCCUAGCUAGCGUGAUGUGCACAUCUCUCCCUCAGGUCCCUGUACCACGUUUUCUUUGCCACCUGGUGCCAUUUAACAAGAGAAGUGGCAUCACAUUCUCCAGCGAGGGCCUGGGAGCCUUCCAAGAGCUGGGGGAGCUUGAGGCUGUCACUACUGCCAGCUCCCUGCCAAGCUUGGCAGGGACCCUGGAACUAGAGGCGCCUCUCUGGGUUUGGGCUGGCCUGCCCCUGAGGGCUGAGCGACACUUAAAUGCCAGUCAGGUGCCCUCAGACCUUAGCAAAGACAGCAGGGAGCGGUUGUUCCUGGCAGGAUGUCUGGCUGAGGACAUGAGGACUGGGCUUGAUGCUGAGGUGGCGUAGUUGGGUGAUUCAAAGACUCGGGAUGUUAUCAGAUAGAUGCCUGCGGCCUGAAUUAGGGCUAAGAUCCUGUGAGAGUGCUUGCUUUACAUCACAGGUUCAUUUGUCCCCUAGGCUACCUGCUAUGGGCAGUUCUUAUACCCCUCCUGGAAGCUCAGGUCUCUUCAGGAGGAUGCUGUCCCAAGUGUUGUGGGCAGUAAUCCGGGGGUCCUUCUUGUCCCUGCCUAAGGGGUGGUGGUGGGCCAUUCCUCUAGAGGAAAGGAAGCUGCAGAAUCACCAAGGAUCCUCUCCCCAGCUGGGUGUGGCUCAUGUCUGUAGCCAGCAGAGAUGGGAAGAACAGUGAUUUUUCAGGCCAGCCUGGGCUACAGUGUAAGACCAGUUCAUGCAAGUAGGGAAGCGGCUGAGGUGGUCUGUGGGGUAAAAGCAUUUGCUGUGUGAGCUUGACUGCCCUGUGAAGAUGGGAGAGUACACGCUGAAACUUGUCCCCUGGCCUCACACACAGCCUGCAAUAUUAAUACCUUCUACAAGGAGCUGGGGUGCAGUUCGGUUGGUAGAGCCCUUGCCUAGCAUGCGUGAAACCCUAGUUCAAUCCAUGGCAACACGUGCAGGCAUAAUGGCUCAAAUCAGUAAUCCCAGCACUCAGGGGUGGAAGUUCAAGGUCAUCUUCAGCUACACGGUGCAUUUAAAGCCCGUCUGGGCUACAUGAGACCAUCUGAACAAACCAGGGCCAACAAGGCAGGAUGGCUCAGCUGUUAAGAGUGUUUGCUGCCAACCCUGAUGACCUGAAUUUCAUCUCAGAACUCACUCCUGCAGGUUGUCCUUUGACCUCCAUGUGUGAACGUGCCUCCCCAAUGUCAUUUAUAAGAAUAAAAUCAAGCCGGCGGUGGUGGCGCACACCUUUAAUCCCAGCACUCGGGAGGCAGAGCCAGGCGGAUCUCUUGUGAGUUCGAGGCCAGCCUGCUCUGCAGAGUGAGUUCCAGGAAAGGCACCAAAACUACACAGAGAAACCCUGUCUCAGAUAGAUAGAUAGAUAGAUAGAUAGAUAGAUAGAUAGAUAGAUAGAUAGAUAGAUAGAAGCUUAUCACCCCCUAGAACAGAGGCCUGGGCUGCUUGGCCACAGAGGAAAGGACCAUGCCCGUGAGUCUCACCACCAGGCCCUGUGAUGUGGGUUAGCCCGCUUUCCUGCUUUGAUCCCCACUGCUCUGCCUCUUGGGGUUCUCAUGGCUGAAAACAAAAGCCUGAUCCUUCACCGCCCUGUUUCCUCCAUGCGGUAUGUGUGUGCAGGUGCACCCGCACAGGCUACGCUUAUGAGUGUGGAGGUCUGCAUCCAGUGUCUUCCUCUCCUGUUCUCCGUGUUAUUUUUGAGUCAGCGUCUCUCACGGAACCCCAAGUAAAUCUUAAAGACAGAAGAAGCACACCCCUCAUUCCCUGAUACUCUCCUUGGGUUUUUCUCCUAGCCCCCCUCAGCCUUUGCCUACUAGAUGGCUUCCUCGAUGGAGUUCAGCUCAGGCUGCCGGCUGCCGCUCUGCUCCGGGACUAGGGGGAGCCUGGUGCGGAGUCAGCACUCGCUGGUUGCUGAAAUAGCCCUGUGUGGGGUCCGCAGGAGGCCCAGAGCCCAGCCAUAGUUUGUUCUGUUACGGUGCCCUGAAUGAAGCUGGAACGUUCCCGUUCCUCUCACAGUCUCACCGUCCCGUGCACAGAAGCUGAAGUUCUGUGGUCUCUUGUCCUGACUCCAAGGCCACACUUAAAGAGUGACAGAGCAGGAACCCUGUCGUGACAGUGCACAGGGGGGAUGUACGGAGAGGGGGUAGCCUGGGCUAGGCAGAGGGAGUGGAGUACUGCUUCAUGGAAGGGCGUGGCCUGCCGUUGACUGGGAGGAGAGAGGACAGGGCCCACCGUCACCACCGUUCUGCCUGGGGCUCCUGCUGCUCAGGCCUGCGGGCGGACACUGCUGAUUCCCCACCAUACCCACCCCUCUUCAGUAAAGAGAAAGCCUGACAGUGUCCUUCCCUCUGUCCCCACUGAAGGGGACUUUCCAACAGUGUCCUUGUUUCUCAGAACGAGAUACAAGGGGGAGGGGGGGAAAGGCACCUCUGCUUUGAGAACUGGGCACUGAAAAAAAUGGGGUGGAGCUAAGAGGGUGGACAUGAAGUUCCCGAACCAAUUCAGGGUGACUGGGAAGGCCCCAGGGCACUCCAUGCUAUGACUCAUGUUUCUCAAAACAAAAAGCCUUUGCAUGUGUGGACCUGAGGCUGUGUGUGAGCAGUCUCCAGGGCAAGGGGACGGAGACUGCCCGGCCACCACUUCCAACUCAGAAACUACGGUCUUGAAGGACUUUUAAUGAGAUAGUGUGGGUCCCCUGGCCUGAUUAUAACUAAACUAACAUUGCUGUCUGAGAACAUCCAGGUCUCAGAGCAAUUUCACAUCUAGAUAUGGGGGGCUGGGCCUCUGUCCCCAGGGGCUGCCUCCCGCACCCCCGUCACACCGGGCUUGUCCCAUAGAUGGCAGAGUGGCCUUACUUCCCUGAAGGUCUCUGAAGCAUGAAGAACAUGGGCCACGCUUCACAGUUAGGUGGGUGCAGACCCCAUCCAGGCCUUCAUUCCUGCCGCCUCAUGCUCUGAAAGCCCUCUGCCCCUGAAAACCUGUUUCUUCAUCUGAUGUUCUUUGGGGAAAUUUUUCAGAGCAAGAAUUCCCCACCCCAACCCCCAAAUGAAUCACCUUUUUUUCUUUAUUUUUUUUUUUUUUUAAAUAGGAGCAGCUGGGCAUGGUGUUAGGGACUUUAAUCCCAGCACUCAGGAGGCAGAGAAGCAGGCAGAUCUCUGAGUUAGAGGCGUCUGACCUGGGCCUAUUGGUAUGCCCACAACCCUAGCACGUGAUGGAAAGAUCAGGAGUUCAAGGUCAUCCUCAACUAUGUAGUGAGAUUGAAGCCAGCAUUUAGCCAAUGAAAUAGUUGAGAUCAGGGCUGGAGAGAUGGCUCAGCGGUUAAGAGCACUGGCUGCUCUUCCAGAGGACCUGAGUUCAAUUCUCAGCAACCACAUGGUGGCUCACAACCAUCUGUAAUGAGAUCUGGUGUCCUCUGCAGGGAUGCGUGCAGGCAGAACACUGUAUACAUAAUAAAUAAAUAAAUCUUAAAAAGAAAGAAAGAAAUAGUUGAAAUCAGUAAGACAAAAAUUUGAUUAGAAGGCGUUUUCAGCGACAAAGCCCCUCAUUUUAUAGUCAAGAAUAUAUAGAUGUACAGGCUGACAAGAGAAGCUUGCUUCCUGAGCCUAGCACCUGAAUGUGUCUCCCAGAACUCCUGAGAGUUGUCCUCUGACAUCAUGUGCACUGUGGCACAUUUGCCUCCACUCACACAUGGUGGUGGUUUGAAAGAAAAUGGCCUCCAGAGGGAGUGACACUAUUAGGAGGUGUGGCCUUGUCGGAAGAAGUGUGUUCCUGUGUGGGUGGGCUUUGAGGUCUCAUAUAUGCUCAAGCCAUGCCCAGUGUCUCAAACUGUGUCCUGUAGCCUGUGGGAUCAACAUGUAGCGCCUUUUCCACUCUCAGCUCCUUCUCCAGCAUCAUGUCUGCCUGUAUGCUGCCAUGUCCCACCAUGACGAUAAUGGACUGAACCUCUGAAACUAUGCCACCCUGUGGUGAUAUAUUGUGUACCCUAAUAAACUUGCCUGAGGAUCAGAGGACAGAACCAGCCACUAGAUUAGACAUAGAGGCCAGGCAGUGAUGGUACACCCUUAAUCCCAGCACUUGAGAUCUCGUGCCUUUGUUUCGGAAGCACACACAUCUUCCCAGGAAGUAAUAGGGCAGGGCAGAGAAAGGUAUAUAAGGCGUGAGGAAGCAAGAACUCACUCUCCUUAGGCUGAGGAUUUCGUAGAGGUAAGAACUAGUGGCUGGCUGUUCUGCUUCUCUGAUCUUUCAGCUUUCACCCUUUUAUGGCCUCUGAGGGUUCUUGCACACACAUGGUGCACAGACAUACACUUAAAACACACACACAUAAAAUAAGCAUUAAAAAGUAAUAAACUAGCCAGGUGUGGUGGCGCA